UGCACAAAACACGCUGUCCUCUCUGCCACAAUAUCCUGCAUAUUUCGAGUCGAAUGUUCUUUACAAACAGGAUAUUUAUCGUGGAUAUCUUUUCCGUUUCAACUUGAAGCAGAAGGCAACAAUAACACGGUUCCCCGUCUCUCCCCACCCCCGAUCUGGCGGUGGCUGGUUGGUUGUAACCUUCUUGGCACAGGUUCAAGUAGUGAUUAAAUAAAUAAAAAUGAGGGGGCGACAGAGACUGGCGUGACUGAGCAUGCGCCCUGAGGGGGCUGCCGUCGAAGAAUGAAGUAAAUAGAAUGUUGACGCUGCCCGGGCGGUGACGUCACCGCUCCACACCGGGACUGGGCUGAGCGGAGGCUGUAGGCUAGGCAGUAAGAGAGACAGAUAGAGGACGCGUCAGUCGUAGUAGCCUAAGAAAACAUCCUCCCUGCUGUCAUGAAGUUCUGUUUGUAACUUAAUUGUUUGUUGCUAUAGGUCAGGAGARAGACGGAGAGGUGUAGAGGACGUAUUUUUCUUUUUGAGAAAACGGAACUGUGUCUGAUUUCUAAAAAGGACUAGGAGAUAUCCACACACAGAGACCUGGGUUAGAGAGAGAUUUAAGGUCCGUUUUUCGGUGAAAAGGGAAGCUAUGUCGUCCGCGACGGUAGCUGCUUCAAGAAGGCAGUCCUGUUAUUUAUGCGACCUGCCCCGUAUGCCUUGGGCUAUGAUCUGGGAUUUUACCGAGUCCAUCUGCAGGGGAUGUGUCAACUACGAAGGAGCGGACCGGAUCGAGUUUGUGAUUGAGACAGCCCGGCAGCUGAAGCGGGCUCACGGUUUACAGGAGGGGAGAUCUCCGGGGCCCGCUAAACAGCAGCAACAGCUCUCGGGGAAAGAAAUUCAUUCUAAUCACCACGGGUCUGGAGGAGACCCCGGUUCCCGGCCUUCACAGCCCCUGGACCGCUACCCCCUCUCCACCUCGGACCGUCCUCCGCGGCUGGGGCCAGAGUACCAGUCUGGGAGACAGGCUAACGGAAUUCCUGUACCUAAUGGAUUUCCUAAACCGGACGAUCCACCAGAGCUUAACCGGCAGAGCCCAAACCCGCGCAGGAAUAACACGGUUCCUCCUAGUCUAGUGCCUUUGGUGAACGGGAACAUGUCCUCCGUGCACGCCGUUAACGGCCGACCCAUGGGACACCCGGGGUCCGGUUUGAUGGCUGGUAGCCCCAACGGGCACGGCGGUAAGCGUCCGACCUCGUUCUCCAGCAUCGAGCAACACGAGAAGGAUAAGCACAGACCGGACAGCCUGACACCGGAGAUAGAGAACCACAAACAAAGGACGGAUGAGUGGAUGAACAAGGGGAAAACGGUCAGAGACUUGAUGGCUCUCCAUACCUUCGACAACCGGUUCAAGAAGGAUCCUGCAGCCAUGCAACAGAGGGUGAUGGGCUAUGAGCAACAACAGAGCGCCGCAGCUUCUAAAUCAGACAGGGGAAAACACCUGCGGACUAUGAAGAGGAAAGCAUCCCCAGAACCGGAGGGAGAGAGAGAGGGAACCGCCUCCAAGCAUAACGGGGAGGACAGACAGCAGUGGUUACCGGGUCCACCAUCUGACCGUGACGGACAUAAAAUGCCCCCGGGACCGCCGCCGAGCUUCUCCUCCGUCCCCACCACCAUAUCCCCCCACUCUCGCACCACCCCACCGGAAGCUUCGCAGAACGGCCAGUCUCCCAUGGCAGCGCUGAUCCUGGCGGCAGACAACGCCGGCGGUGGUGCCGGGAACAGCUCGCCCAAAGACGGUAACCAGGUCCACUCCACCACGCGUCGCAACAGCAGUAGCCCGCUCUCACCCUCCUCCAUGAACCAGAACCGGCGGCCCGCACAGGGGAGAGAUGGUACUGGUGGCGCGGGGACAACUCACGUUUCAGGAGGAGGSAUGGACCAAGGGCACGGACCUCAAAGCAUUCCGGAUUCGUCAGUACCCGGGAGCGUACCCCUCUGCUGCACGCUCUGUCACGAGAGGUUAGAGGACACGCACUUUGUUCAGUGUCCGUCGGUACCCUCACACAAGUUCUGCUUCCCGUGCUCGCGGGAGAGCAUCAAACAGCAAGGGUCCACCGGGGAGGUGUACUGUCCCAGCGGGGAGAAGUGUCCGUUGGUCGGCUCUAACGUACCGUGGGCUUUCAUGCAAGGAGAAAUCGCUACCAUCCUUGCAGGGGACGUCAAAGUAAAAAAAGAGAGGGAUCCUUGAUUUCCAUUUUCAACAUGGGGAAAGGAUUGUUGAGGGGGGGGGAAAGUACAAAUACAACUAUAUAAAUAUUUAAAAAACAAAUACCAUCCCCAAGAAAACGAAUGGACUAUGUACAUAGUGGACCCAAGCCGAAGGGACUACUGUAUACUUCAGUAAAACAUGACUGUAUCGUUUUUUGAUUUUUUUGGAAAACAUUGUGUUUGUAUAUUUUUGAAGAUAAAGGUAAUCAUAAUUUAAAUAAAAAAAGGACUCUCUUGGUUCCUCUUUGGUGAUGUACUUCUAGGUUCACAUCUCAAGUGGCACCCUCUUCCCUAUGUAGUGCACUACUUUUUAAAACUAGAACCCCUAAGGGGCUGGUCAAGAGUAGUGCACUAUGUAGGGGUAGAGGGUGGUUGUUUGGGACGUGACCUGUCUGAUAGCAGUUUCCUUUUUCAAAAACGUAGAAUGUGACCGAUGAUGACUAGCCUCUCUCUCUCUCUCUCUCUCUCUCU